AGGAGCAAGUGGGAUCAACCAGCGUCGGUAGAAGAGGGCACCGUCGCUAAAAAGACGGAUGAAGGAAGGACGGCGUCGGAGGCCGCGGCGGCUGCAGCAGCCAUUGCCGCAAAAAUAGCGGCCCAGUUCGCCAAUGGGGAGCUGAGCGCUGGAGGUUUGCCGAGGGAUCCGCACGAUGCAGAGUUCACCCACAAUAUUGAUAUCAACGACGUCCGGAAUCGGUAUUUGUUGACGAGGGGGUCGACUCAGGAACAGAUUCAUGACGAGACAGGUGCAUCGGUCGGUACGAGGGGUGUGUGGUACCCGGAUCGUAGCAAAGCUACGGAGAAAGACCCACCUCUGUAUAUCCAUAUCUCUGCGAGCACGAAGGAGAUACUUCAGGCUGCGAUUGACAAAGUGAACGAGUUGAUUGCAAUCGAUAUGGGUUCGUUAGUGGAGAAGGGUGAUCGACAGAGAGAAAAGCGAAAAUGGCCAGAGGAAAAACUCCCCGUGGCUCUUGACUCUAUCCGCAAUUUCAAUGUACGGGCAAAGGUGGUCGGACCGUCGGGCUCUUUCGUAAAGUAUAUCCAAUCAGAAACGAGCACUCGCGUACAAAUAAAAGGAAUUGGAUCUGGAUUCAUUGACCAAGAGACAGGGCAAGAAGAACCAGUUCCUCUCUACAUCCACAUAACUGGUCCCGAGGAAGGCCAAGUUGCAAGAGCCAAAGUUUUGACGGACGAUCUUCUGAUAGUCGUAAGGCAAGAGCACGCAAAACAACAACAAAUGGAAUUGCAUCAAGCGCAAGCGCAAUACGCGGCGUACAGUGCGAUGGGAGUGAGUAGACACGGAUACGUUCCACCCCCGCCAUCCGCGCCGGCACCUCCACCACCACCAGGCGAAGGUCCUGCUCCACCAGGUGGCGACGCAGCCCAAUACGCAGCUGGACCGCCUGCACCGUCCGAUACCGAAGCUUAUGCAUCCUACUGGGCUGCAUACGGGUACGACGUCAAUUCUGCCGAGUUCAAAGAAUGGCAAGCGAGUCAACAACAGCAAUACGCG